AUGUGCAAUCCAGACUACACGCUUUGGUACAUAAGUGGCCAUAGAGUUAAUGGCUAUAUGCAAAAGAAGACUUGUCAGGAUUGGGAUGCUUUGAGAGAUUGGACAGAGGAGCAUACUAGUAAUUAUUAUGAUCAGUAUGACAUGGAACCAGGCAACGUUGGAGAUAAUCUGUGGUACAACUAUCACGCUGGAGACGGUUUACCAAUUGGUAGUCUUUAG